GUGGAGCAAAAUGAGAGCGCAGUGAGCCGGGCCAGCCUCUCUCCCGGCCGUCCCCGACGCCCACCAUGAACCACUUGGAGGGCUCCGCGGAGGCGGAGGUGACCGACGAGGCAGCAGGCGGGGAGGUGAACGAGUCGGUGGAGGCCGACCUGGAGCACCCCGAGGUGGAGGAGGAGCAGCCGCCGCCGCCGCCGCCGCCGCACUAUGUGGGCCGCCACCCGCGCGGGCGCGCCCUCGAGGACCACCGCGCGCAGCCGGGGCAGGAGGAAGAGGAGCGCGGGGAAAGCCUGGCGCGCUCGGCCAGCACGGAGAGCGGCUUCCACAACCACACGGACACGGCGGAGGGCGACGUGAUCGCCGCGGCGCGCGACGGCUACGACGCGGAGCGCGCGCAGGACCCCGAGGACGAGAGCGCCUACGCCGUGCAGUACCGGCCCGAGGCCGAGGAGUACACGGAGCAGGCGGAGGCCGAGCACGCCGAGGCCACGCACCGCCGCCGGGUGGCGGGACCCGCGGGCGGCGAGGCGGGGCAGCGGUACAGCAAGGAGAAGAGAGAUGCCAUCUCGCUGGCCAUCAAGGACAUCAAGGAGGCCAUCGAGGAGGUGAAAACCAGGACCAUCCGUUCGCCUUACACCCCCGACGAGCCCAAAGAACCCAUCUGGGUCAUGCGCCAGGACAUUAGCCCCACCAGGGACUGUGACGACCAGAGGCCGAUGGAUGGAGACUCUCCAUCUCCUGGCAGCUCGUCACCCCUGGGUGCAGAGUCAUCGAGUACACCCCUUCACUCCAGCGACCCUGCAGAAACUUCCACAAAUAAAGAGUCAAGAAAAAGCUUGGCUUCAUUUCCAACCUACGUUGAAGUUCCCGGACCCUGCGAUCCCGAAGACUUGAUCGAUGGAAUCAUUUUUGCCGCCAAUUACCUUGGCUCCACCCAGCUGCUGUCAGACAAAACUCCCUCCAAAAAUGUGCGCAUGAUGCAGGCCCAGGAAGCAGUAAGCAGGAUCAAGAUGGCCCAGAAAUUAGCCAAAAGCAGGAAGAAGGCUCCUGAAGGCGAAUCUCAACCAAUGACCGAAGUGGAUCUCUUCAUUUCUACCCAGAGAAUCAAAGUACUGAAUGCUGACACACAGGAGACGAUGAUGGACCACCCUUUGAGGACCAUUUCCUACAUCGCAGACAUCGGGAACAUCGUUGUGCUGAUGGCCCGCCGACGGAUGCCCCGCUCCAACUCCCAGGAGAAUGUGGAAGCUUCCCACCCGUCCCAGGAUGGAAAAAGGCAGUACAAGAUGAUCUGCCAUGUCUUUGAGUCUGAGGAUGCCCAGCUGAUCGCACAGUCCAUUGGGCAGGCCUUUAGCGUGGCGUACCAGGAAUUCCUCAGGGCCAAUGGGAUCAACCCCGAAGACCUCAGCCAGAAGGAGUAUAGUGACCUGCUCAAUACCCAGGACAUGUACAACGAUGACCUGAUUCACUUCUCCAAGUCGGAAAACUGUAAAGAUGUUUUCAUAGAGAAGCAGAAAGGUGAAAUCCUGGGCGUGGUGAUCGUGGAAUCAGGCUGGGGAUCUAUCCUCCCCACGGUGAUCAUCGCCAACAUGAUGCAUGGAGGCCCUGCAGAGAAAUCGGGGAAGCUGAGUAUUGGAGACCAGAUCAUGUCCAUCAAUGGCACCAGCCUUGUGGGCCUGCCUCUGUCCACCUGCCAGAGCAUUAUUAAGGCCUUAAAGAAUCAGUCCCGAGUAAAGCUGAAUAUUGUGAGAUGUCCUCCGGUGACCACCGUGUUAAUCAGAAGGCCAGACCUUCGCUACCAGCUGGGUUUCAGCGUCCAGAACGGAAUUAUCUGCAGCCUCAUGCGAGGGGGCAUAGCUGAGAGAGGAGGCGUCCGCGUGGGACAUCGGAUCAUCGAGAUUAAUGGACAGAGCGUUGUGGCCACCCCUCACGAGAAGAUCGUCCACAUUCUCUCCAACGCUGUCGGGGAGAUUCACAUGAAGACGAUGCCAGCUGCCAUGUACAGACUGCUGACGGCCCAGGAGCAGCCCGUUUACAUCUGAGCCGCGCCCCUCACCUCGCGCGGAUGCAUGGAGGACUCUCAUUGUGGUUGUGUUUCUGUGCUGCAUCCCCGUGUCCACUGAGACAUUCCCUCUCGCGCCCGCCUGGCAUUUGGUUUUACACAGGAAGAGCGGUAUCCGCAAGGACCUCUUUGCUCUCUCUCUCCCGUGUGCUUUUUAUUUUUUUAUUUUUAUUCUUUGACACCAGGGAAGUUUAUAUGUGCUCCCUUGAGGACGGAGAGCGGCCAAGGUCCACCUGGCAUUUACCCAGGGUCAUCCUGGAGGGCCUUUCUGGCGGGGUCCCGAGGUGGGGGACGGCCCAAGGGGGACCCCUCCCUGCCCGAGAGGUGCAGAUCUUUUAGAAGGAGCCCCUCGGGGCAGCGAAGAAGCUAAUUCAGCAGUGCCUCAAACCCGGUUGCUGAUCUCUGCGCUCCUCGAGUUGAUUUAUGGGAAUAUGGUGGUAACGGGGGACCGGCCCACAUUGUUAAGGGUAUGCACUGCCCACCAGAGAGUCGGGGCACCAUACGUGAUUUCCUUCUAGAAUUUCUGAGCCAACCUUAAGCCUCUUCUAUAGCUAGUUUUAGUUUCAACAUAUGUGUUUUGUAAUACGAGCCUUCUCACCCCAGGCUAACAGGGGAAAUAACUGCCUUGCACAAGGAUUCCAUAGCGUUGCAGAGAGCCAGGCAAUUCACUGGACAUCCCAAGCUUUGCCAGGUUAGGUACCAACCAUGAGAUAAACACAGGCAGGUCCUCUCUGCCUCUCUCUCUGUCUUUCACACACACAGUCUCACUUGCUGUCCCCCUCUCCCGCUUCCUACCACCACUGAGAAAAGCUAAAAUCAGGCACACAGAACCCCUGGGAAACCCACCUCUCUGGGAGGCUCCUUUCCCUGGCAGGCGGCCAGGCACGCAGGGGCUGGUCAGCCCCAGGGACUGAGGCCUGGACCUCCUGACGCCACUUUGGCUCACAGCGUCCUCCUCCCGGACUCCCCUCCCCCCAUACCCUGGGAGUCUGGGAAGGAUGGCCUGUUCCCCUAGAAGGCGAGCAUCUGGGUGCAAUAGUUCAUGUUUCCUGACCCAAGGCAAGACCAGCUUUCUUCUCUGCUCAGGGCCACUAGGCAGGAUGUGAUAUUUGAAAGGCCAGAAUAAUACAUAAGCCACAAAAUAAAGGGGACAAUAAUGACCUCAAGUGGUACCUAAGAAUCCCCAAACGUGUUCCAGGAAUAACAUCUUGCUGCCUUGUGGGUCUGAGUAGUUUUCUGCUGGUGUGAAAUGUCAUGUGUUCUCAUCAGGUGCCUCAGGUUUAUGGACUCUGUCUCAGUUCAUUGUGGACGUAGUAAUAUUUUUCGGAGCCAGUUUUCACUUAUUCUUGGUCCAAAGAGCAUUCUGUUUUCAUGUAGGGUGUGGUUUUGUUUCGUUUUUGUUUUGUUUCAUUCAUGACCUCCGCAGAGACAGGGGAAGAGAAACUAAUAUAUUUUGUGAUAUUGAUAUAGUCCCUGUUCUCUGCAUCUGGGAUAUUUAUGUUGUGUCUGUGGAGAUAGGAAUUCAGUGAGCAAAUGUUGGGUAGGAUGUAUUUAUAGAGAGAAUGGAGGGAUUUCAGGGAGGGAGAAACUGACUAUAACAGGAUUAGGAACCAGAGACCUCACCCAGAGAACGCUGUGGUCAACUCCCUGAGAUCUCUGUCUCUUCUGAAUCCUCUGCUUCGAAACAGGGAAGCUACAUGCUUGAAAGGAGGCAGCAGCUGGACACUCGGCUCUGCUGUGGGACAAAACAGCCCCACGGAAGAGACUGCCAGCUGCCCGAAUGUCCUGGGUGGGAACGGGCUCCUGCUUCUCGUAAGAGCUGUGUAGGGCGGGUGAGGGGAGCCGGGAGGGGCGGUCCAGGACCCCUGGGCUUCUUUCAAGGAUGUUUCACAGGACGCUGCUGGGAGGCCAGCCCCAAGGUCAACCCCCCACGAGUGUGAGGACCCAGAGCCAUGGCCCAGAUCUCAACCUGCCUUUCCUGAAAUAACCAAACUGUAGUGUAUCUGGUGAACGUAGUAAAGUACUAAAGAGUCA